AACUGAUUCCUUGAAUAGCAGAGCAGCCUAUUAUAGUAUCUAAUCUAUUUCUAUAACCCUGGAAAAAUAUUGUCAGUACUCCAGGAAUCCUGAUUUGUUCAGUGACCAGGAAGUAUGUUUCGGAUGCUUUUGAGUUUUACUAAACCAUAGCCUUCCCAAUUGCCUUUAAAGGACUAUGUACCCCCAUCUAAAUAUGGGCAUGAGCUCGCGUUGGAUUUCAAGGAAUGUCCGAGCACCACAAACCAGGGCUGAUAGUCCAUCGCCCUGCUCCUCGAGUUUCUUUCAACAUCCAGAAAGGCUUCAAUUUGACUCCUUUUUGUCCUCCAUCUACUAUUUCUAUUAUAUUCACAUUUGACUGGUAAAGUAAGUCAAAAACGCACGGAUAACGUUAUCUUCAGCAUAUUCUUCUGAAAUCUGCGUUAAUACUGACAGCGACCAUGUCCAGGAGGAAAGUGAAGGGACUCACUAAAACCGGCAGACAGGUGAGUGAGGACCCGGAACUCGACAGUUUACUGUCAAACCUGUCGACUGCAGAAAUGGAAGAGUUGGAGAAAGAGGUGUCGGUUGUUCCCGAUCCAGAUCCGAGUGAAAUUAUCGUUGUGGACCAAACGGAUUUAAAACCAAGCGCUCCGGUUAGAAAGGAAUCGCAACUGAGCAGCCAGACCGACGACUUCAAAUCCCGCUUCCAGAGAAACCUGUCAACUGAGGUAGAGCCGAAGAAGGAGAGCCGGAAGCAAGAGUAUCUGCGUAAAAUGGGCCUGAGCCAAGAGAAAAAUAUCUCUGCGUCUGACAGCAGAGAUGGAGGACUUCAGAGGACGUCCUCCACCUCUUCCUUCCCUAAACGUGAUAGUAGAUUGGAGGACAGGACCCGCAGAGUCACAGAAGGCACCAGAGAUGAAAAAUUCGGCCCAUCUGCUGUUUCCAAGAGAGACGAGGAGAUUGAGAAAAAAAAUGAGACAAAGGACCAAAACGAUGGGAGUAGAUUAAGAGACAGAAGAGAGAUGAGAGAAAGUAGCAGCAGCAAAACCAAAGAAUUAAUUUCCAAGCUUCAAGAGAAGAAGGAGGAUAGUAAAGAGAAAAAUAAAAAAGAAGACAGAGGGAAGAGGGAAUCUGGAGAAAGUAGAGCAAAGGAGAUGAUUUCUAGGAUACAAGAGAAAGAGGAGAAGGAACGGGAGAAAAAGGAAGAGAUUAGAAAGAGAGAGGAGACUAAGAGUAAAGGCUAUAUAUCCAGGUUAGAGGAGAAUCAAAAUCAGGUUCAUGAAGACAAGACGAAAGAAGAGAAUAAGCACAGGGAUGAAAAACAAAUAAGGUCAAGCGAAAAGGUAAAAGAGACUACUGCAUUGUCUGAAAAUAAAGAGAAAGAAUCUGAAAAUGUGAAAAGGCUUCAGGAAUGCAAUGCAAAAUCAAGUGACAAAGGAAGAGGGGAUGUUCAGAAACACAAUGAAAAUGUAAAUGAAGUUCAUAAACCAAAAGAAGAGAAAAUUGAAAACUGUGUCUCGGACACUAUUUUGAAAGGUAAGACCAAAGAGGAGGAAGAAGAUGACGAGUCAGCCAGCAUGUUUGAUGAAGAUCUGGAGAAAGUUCGUCGUAAUGACCCAGGCAUGACUGAUCUCAACGUGAACAAUUCUGAGGUCAUAAAAACCAAAACUCUUAUUCAGUUCUCUGAGGCAUUGAAAAACAACACGCACAUCAAAGCAUUUUCUUUGGCAAACUGUCGCGCUGAUGACCAUGUGGCUUACGCUAUUGCUGACACCUUACGCAACAACAAAAGCAUCACUAGCAUCAAUCUGGACUCCAAUCUUCUUACUAGCAAAGGCAUCAUGUCUCUGAUUCAAGCCCUUCAACACAACUCCACACUCACUGAGCUACGUUUCCACAACCAGCGACACAUUAUCGGAGGAAAAUCUGAGAUGGAGAUGACCAAAAUUUUGAAAGAAAAUACCACUCUACUAAAACUAGGUUAUCACUUUGAGUUAGCUGGACCUCGUAUGACCAUGACCAAUAUUCUUAGUCGGAAUAUGGACCGUCAGCGGCAAAAACGGCUCCAAGAGCAGAAGCAAGCUCAAGCACAAGGAGCUGGAGACAAGAAAGAUUCAUUAGGAGUUCCAAAACCCAGCUUUGGUAAAGGCUCCCCCAGAGCAUCACCAAUACCUUCACCCAUACCGUCACCUGCUCCGUCACCCAAGUUGACUCAUAAGAAAAGGGUAAGUGGGCUUGUUGGUGGACCACCACCUCCUCCACCACCACCUGGAGGACCACCGCCACCUCCACCACCAAUGCUAGACGGAGACUUUCUGAAGAACUCCUUAACGCCUGUGUCUCAGAGGAAGCUGGACGACAGGAGUGGAGGAAGAGGAGCAGCUCAAAACACACGGGACCAACUUCUAGCUUCCAUUAGGAACAGCAAUGUUAAGCAGCUCAAAAAGGUUGCAGUACCAAAGCUUUUGCAGUAAGUGCAAAGAGAUAGAUGUGGAUAAAGAAAAAGCCAGGAAUGAAAGGACAGACAUCUCACAGACCUUGAGAAGAUCAUCGCUCAGAAUCUUCCAUACAGAGUCUUACUACAGUUAAGAGGACAGGCAAAGACUGGUAUAUAUAUAUAUAUAUAUAUGGGGAUAUUCACAGCUUCUGGCCAAGAGUCUUUGUACAAAUACACUGGACGAUAGGAAGACAUGAAAGUGUGGCGCAGUCAUGGGUGCUCAGAGGAUCCGAUGGCCUAUGGGACUGCAGACGUGAGGCCUUGCUUGUCAUUUGCACUAAAUGAAUAAUUUCUAAUGAUAGAUUUAUGAAUGUGUGUUUGGUACAGUGUGUGUGUGGAUGUUUGUGUCUGAAUUAGAAUGGCAUCUGAAUUAAACAGCUGGAUGUUAUCCUACAUUAUUAAAAAUAUCAGUGAAUUAACAGGUAACAUGAUUUUGUAUUUCAUUAUGGGAUCUGUAACUUCCAACAACUUUUGAUGUUAAAAUGUUUUUGAAAAGUGACUUUUAUUGCCAUUUAUAAAAGUUUAUAGUAACAUAUUGUCUGGGUUGAUGUUGUAAAUGAUGGUAUAAUAACCUGGUAAUAAACUGUGAGUACUUUUUUGCUAUUUUACGUACAUAUUUCUCUCUAUUUUAUUUCUUACAACUACUAAAAUGUCAAUGAAAGUCGCAUUGUUAAACUGCAGUGUUGAAUUAUUUUCAACAUCAAAAGUUGACUGCAGAGAUCAACAGUCCCAUAAUGCAAUUGAUAAUCAUAAACAGGAAAAUCUUGUGAAUCGCAAAAUACCUGAAAAAAAAAGCCUGGUAAAUAACAUAUUACUUUUACAGUGUAGUAUUCAAGUUAUAUCUGAAUAAAAGCUCUUGCUGAUCAGGGAAAAAUGAUUCGAAUCAGAAAUCACAUAAACAAAGGUGUUGUUUCCAAUACACUCUACUUUGAAUGAGUGAGUAAAAGAGAACAGGAUUACAGAAAGGGAUGGAUGAUCAGAUCUAUGUGAAUAUGACUUCGAACACAUACAGUAUUUAUUUUGAUCUGAGUUCCUCGUUAAGCUUUUAUGUAAUUCAUUGAGUAUAUACAUGUUAAUCGCUACCAAUUGUGAUUAAAUAUUUUGCAUUUGUAAUUUAUUAAAUGAUAUCAAAACAGUUUUUACUUUGGGAAUGGAAGCAAUGUCAGCACAAAUAUUUGCAUGUGCCUCACAUGCUUUGAAACCAGUUGCGUAUAUUUUUUAUGCUUGUACAAAACGAUCUCAGUUUCUUAAGAAUGCAGGAUGCAGGAUAUUGAACAUGAAUUCACUGUUCUAUUUUCAGGUUUCAGCUGGGAGAAUUGAUGGAGUAAUUCCAUUUGUUUUAUUUAGAAAACAAAGUGUUUUUUGGAUGUAUCUUGUUAAAGAUGUUAUUGGUCCAAGAAAGACACCCGGGUUGUGUGAUUUUAUUUUAUUACUUCCAGGUCAUUGUCAGAAUAAUUUUUGUGUCUCUUUUAAUAAUGUUUUCUUUGUUAAUGUCUC